ACCAAUUCACCUUCCAAAACAACUCUUUGAAGCAAUCAUGAUCAUCUCAUGAACUGCCUUCUUAUCUUCUCUCCUAUAACUUCUAGGGUUUGCUCUCUAGCUUCAAUUACCUUUGAAAUUCUAGUGCAAUAAUUCAAAUGGAGCAGGCAAGGUACUGGAUGUGGACUAAUCAUAAACCAGCUGGUUUGAGUACUUCACAUCUUCAAGCCUCAGCCGCGGUCGACGAUUCUUCGUGGGAAGAAGAAGCUUUUGCAGAAGAUGCUGCUGGGGCUCUAGGAGGGUGCAUAUGGCCCCCAAGGUCUUAUUCUUGCAGCUUCUGUAGAAGAGAAUUCAGAUCAGCUCAAGCUCUAGGUGGUCACAUGAAUGUCCAUAGGAGAGAUAGAGCUAGACUAAAGCAAUCUCCAACUCAUGACCAUCCACCACACAAUGGAAUUCUUCAACAAGAUCAUCAAAACCACCAAUAUUUCAAUUACCUUCCAACUAAUGGUACUCGUUAUUCAUCAUCUAUAGGGUUUCCUUACCCAUCCCAAAUUUGUACUUUGGUUUAUAACCCUAACCCUCUUCUUGAUCCAAUGAUUCUCCCUUCACCAUCUUCACCUUCUACCAUUUCAGCUCCACUUCUUGCUCAAGAGAAUUGUAGCGAACACAAUUUUUUCCCUUCCAAAUCUCCAAGUUCAUCCCCUCCACCACGAUCGGAUUCAAGGAAUAUUAUUGAAAAGGAGCUGAGAAAUUCAAGAAAUCAAGCAUCUGGAUAUAGAGGGAAGAUGGAUUACUUGAAGCCGGAUUUGUCGGUGAGUUUGAAUUUGGUUGUUCGGAGAACUUGUCCGAGCUUAUCAGAUGGAGAAGAGGAGGCGGAGGACGUGGUGGGGUGCAAGAGAAGGAGAAGUGAUCAUCAUGCGUCUUCAUUGCCUUUCUUCCUAAAGAGAAGUACAGUUGAACUCAGGCUCGGUAGCCCUACAUCCAGAGAUGACUUGGAUCUUGAACUCAGGCUCGGUAACCCUCCUAAGGUAAACUAGAUAUAUAUAUCCAGAUUAACCACGAGUAAGUACGUACUAUUAUAUAUAUAGACAAGCAUAUACUGCUAUAUAUUGCUCUUUCUUUCAAUAUUUAUGUUGCUUGAUGUCUUCCUGCUUUGA